UUCGUUCCUAAUUUACGUUUGUUUGGGGGGCUUUUUAGUAAUUAUAAUAGCUCCAUUCUGGAGCUCACAAAGGCAAAUUGAAAUGGAUAAGGUAUUCCCCACCAUCACCAUCGAGACCACUACCAGAACCAUCAUCACGACGACGACGACGACGACGACCGACUCCUUCUAAUUCAACAGCUUUGGUAUUGCAGAAAUUCAAUGGCUAGGGUUACUACCAGCUCCAUCGCCCCGCCUUUCAAACAGUCAAUUUCUGUCGGUUCUCUGCAGCCAAAAUUCUCUAGUCUCCUCCUGGAAUUCCCAAAUCUAAACGUUGCCCGUGGCGACCGGAAUCACCGGAUCACCUGCCGUUACGGGGGAGGAGCUAAUUCACGUCAGGGAGACUCCAGACGUUCUCCGCAGCUUAAUUCUGACGAUGAUCAAGCCCUUGAUGUCUCCACUAUCAGGUCAAAUACUGUGAGGCUUAUAGAUGAUCAGCAAAAUAUGGUUGGUAUAGUAUCCAAAACUGCUGCUAUUCAGAUGGCUGAAGAAGCUGCACUUGAUCUUGUUAUAUUGUCUCCAGAUGCAGACCCCCCUGUUGUCAAAUUGAUGGAUUACAACAAAUAUAAAUUCGAGCAACAAAAGAAGAAAAGAGAGCAGCAGAAGAAAAGUGCUGCACUUCGCAUGGAUCAAAAGGAGCUUAAAAUGGGGUACAACAUCGAUGUGCAUGAUUAUUCUGUACGUUUAAGAGCUGCUCAAAAGUUUCUUAAAGAUGGUGACAAGGUUAAGGUUAUAGUGAACUUAAAGGGACGUGAAAAUGAGUUCAGAAAUAAUGCCAUUGAGCUACUGAAUCGGUUUCGCAAUGACAUUGGGGAGGGGCAAUUUUGUCUUUUCACUUCGUUGUGCAUCAGAGUAUAUAAUGUAAGACCCACCUUUGUAUCUUUCUACUUCUCGUUCCUUACCUAUGUUCUUCCCUCCCCACUCGCAUUCUAUUCCAAAAAAGAAGAAGAUGGUGAUAUGCCGCUGUGGAAGGCCGGCGAUUUUGGUGACAUCGUGGACUGAUUUGAACCCAUGUCGUCGAUUUUGGUCAUGCUCAAGGUUAGGAGGAACAUGCAGCUUUUUUUGGAUGGUUUGACUCUCACAUGUGCCCUAGGUCAACUGUUGUGAUUUUGGGGUUGUUGCGUGGAAGAAACAAUGUCGAAGCAAGAUUGAUGAUGGUGAAGUGGUUACAUUGUCUGAGUUGGUUGUUUUUUUGGUGUGUUACUUUUUCAAGUAAAAAAUCAAGAAGCUUUUGAGGGGAAAUCUGUGAUUUGGAAUAUUUGUUUUGGUCCCAUUUUUGUUAUAGUUUUUGAUGGAUUUUCCCUGUGAUUGUAUGUAAUGUUGGGACAAGAAAAUGUAAUGGAUAUUAUAUGUAAUAUAAGUUUGAUGUUUAGUUUUAA